CUUCGCGCGUGUGCUGUGCUGCGCUUUGUUUUUAAAUAUUUAACUUUUUAAUUUUAUUUUUAAAAGGUUUUUUAGUGAGUGCAUUAUGUUGAGGCAGUGUUUAGUUUUGGCAGUUUUCGGGUGCGCGCUCGCGUUACCUAGGCCCCAGCAAUAUCAACAGCAGGCCGAGCCGGUGCCGCCGCAUCUCCUGCGGCAGUACAUCGGGCAGCAGUACUCACAGGCGCAAGCGCAGACACACGUGCUGCAGCGGCCGCAGGUCGCUGCGCCCGCCCCCGCACGUUUGCCAUAUGCUGUCCAAACAGAAGAGUACCAGCAGCCGCAGCCGCAACCCCAGUACCGCCCCCAGCCUCAACCCCAAUACCGCCCCCAGCCUCAACCGCAAUACCGCCCCCAACCGCAGCAGUAUCGCCCCCAGGCUGAAGCCGCGCGCGAGCCCCAGGAAGACUAUGACCCCCAUCCUUCUUACCAGUUCGGUUUCGACGUGAACGACGACCAGUACACCAACUACCAGAAUCGUAAGGAGGAGCGCGACGGUGACGUCAUCAAGGGGUCCUACUCCGUCGUCGAUAGCGAUGGCUUCAUCAGAACUGUUACCUACACUGCUGAUCCUAAGGAGGGUUUCAAGGCUGAGGUCUCUCGUCAGCCUACAGACAUCGUGGUGAAGAUCCCGACUCCCAAGCCACAGACAAUCCAGCCAAUCGCACACGCGCAACCCACGCAUGCGCAACAGAGGCCGCAGCAAGCGCCACCUCAAUACUACCGUUAUGAGCAAUAGAUUGUUCUAGAAGACGUUUGAAUGAGCUCUUAAUGUGUUUUGGUGAAAAGGUAUCAGGCAUAAUAAGAUUUAAUUAAAAACUAAAAUACCUAAUUCGUCGACAAGACGUUAGGAGACUGGUUUAAAAUAUUUCGUUUAAAGUGAAAAUAAAUUACAGCUGAUAGUUUGAAUAGCGUUCGAAUUUUAAAAUAAAAAUGUGUUUUUUAAUAAUUGUAGUGCCUUUAGACAAAAUAACUUGAGAGCUAAUUUCAAAUAGCAUUAGUAGUGUCUGUAUUUCGAUCACUUCUUAAUAAUUUGCUUUUGUCUACUUUCUUCUUCUGUCCUUCUUUUCUUUUCUUUCCUUUGGCGUAUUCUGUCUUCUUUUAUCUUUCUUUCAAAGUUUCAAUUUUCGAAAGCAAUCUAAUUUAUUUUAGACACCAUUAUUGCUUGUUACUUAAUUUUAAUAAGUACUUGUAUUUAGUGCCUAUUUUAACCUUAGUUAGGAUUUUUAAGUCUUAUUUAAAGUCCAACUGAUCGCUUGAUUCCUAGAAAUAUAGAUUUAAACUAUGUUUUAGGUCUAUAUACGCACUAUUGUACCUACUUAAUGAUUGUAGGGUGCUCACCCUGUCUUGUGAUAUGCACGAGACGUUAGUAAUUAAAGACAAUAGGUAUACAAAAUACGUAAGAAAUCGAAGGUUUUGUUUGAAGCGAGUCGCUUGAACGUUUGUGUAAAUAAAUUAAAUAUGAAAUACGUA